AUGGUCGGUUUUUCAAAAGAUAUAUUCAUCCAGUCACUGGUAGAAGAUAAAUACUUGUGUCAACUAUGUGAGAAAGUACUGUGUGAUCCAAUCCAGACAUAUUGUGGACAUAGAUACUGUGAAACAUGUUUUGAAGACCUGUUAAGAAACAAUGAUAAUGUACUUUGCAGUUCGUGUAAAGCUGAAGGCAUUAUGGAUACCAUAUUGAGUGUGCAGCAGAUGUACCACGAUAAAGCCAUACAACGAGAGUUGAACAUACAGCAUGUACGGUGCUUAAACAAAGGCUGUGAUUGGACGGGGAGCUUUGAAGAUUACCGAGUGAAUCAUAUUCUGACUUGUGAAUAUGAAAUGAUACAAUGUGUCAAUAGAAAUGGAUGUAAUGUAUCAAUUCAACGUGGAAAUCUAUCAUCUCAUCUGGAGAAGGAUUGUCCAAUGAGAAUAGUGAAGUGUGAAUACUGCACAGUAGAAGUUCCAUUUACCAAUAUAGAGACUCAUCUACUCGAAUGUCCCAAAAUUCCGGAGAAAUGCAAAUUAUGUGGAGAGUUUGUACCACGAGAAAUGAUUGAGCAACAUACAGAUACGAAAACAGGUGACUGUGUUAGAAAGAUGAUAGCAUGCCAAUUUCAGAACGUUGGAUGUCAUGAUAUGGUGGAGAAAUCCAAGAUGGCGGAGCAUAAUACCAGAUCUAUGGGUGAGCAUUUAUUGAUGAUGUUACAGUUCAUAAUAUCUCUUAUGGCAAUGGUACGGAGUACACGAAAUAAAAUUGAUGAAGUUGAAAACGUGAGAACAAGAAUUAACGAACAUGAAAAUCAAAUAAAACAACUGGAAAAGAAUGAGGAAACACUGCACCAUAAGAUGACUGAAAUGGUUUCAGCCGCACAAAAUGAAAACCGUAAUGGAAUAAUAACUGGAGAAAACAAACAUCUUGCAGAUAAACACGAACAGUCAACACGAGCAUUGAACAACUCUAUGACGGUUGUCAACAAAAAACUAGCUACCUGUGAGGGCGUGGUUGCUGUGCUCAACAAUCAAGACAUGGUCGGUUUUUCAAAAGAUAUAUUCAUCCAGUCACUGGUAGAAGAUAAAUUCUUAUGUCAACUCUGUGAGAAAGUACUGUGUGAUCCGAUCCAGACUUAUUGUGGACAUAGAUACUGUAAAACAUGUUUUGAAGACUUGUUAAGAUACAACGAGAGUGUAUACUGUAAUGCAUGUAAAGCUGAAGGAAUAGACGACACUGUGUUGACUUCACAACAGAUCUACCCCGAUAGAGCGAUAGUGAGAGAGCUCAAUUCACAGGACGUACAAUGCGUCAAUGUCGGCUGUAAUUGGACCGGGAAUUUCAGAGAUUAUCAUUUGAAUCAUAUUCCGACUUGUGAAUAUGAAAUGAUACAAUGUGUCAAUAGAAAUGGAUGUAAUGUAUCUAUUCAACGUGGACAUCUAUCAUCUCAUCUGGAGAAGGAUUGUCCAAUGAGAAUAGUGAAGUGUGAAUACUGCACAGUAGAAGUUUCAUUUACCAAUAUAGAGAUUCAUCUACUCGAAUGUCCCAAGACUCCGGAGAAAUGUAAAUUCUGCGGAGAGUUUUUACCACGAGAAAUGAUGGAGCAACAUACAGAUACGAAAACAGGUGACUGUGUUAGAAAGUUGAUAGCAUGCCAAUUUCAGGACGUUGGAUGUCAUGAUAUGGUUGAGAAAUCCAAGACGGCGGAGCAUAAUACCAGGUCUAUGGGUGAGCAUUUAUUGAUGAUAUUACAGUUCAUAAUAUCUCUUAUGGCAAUGGUACGGAGUAUGCGAGAUAAAAUUGAUGAAGUUGAAAACGUGAGAACAAGAAUUAACGAACAUGAAAAUCAAAUAAAACAACUAGAAAAGAAUGAGAAAACACUGCACCAUAAGAUGACUGAAAUGGUUUCAGCCGCACAAAAUGAAAAACGUAAUGGGAUAAUUACUGGAGAAAACAAAGAUCUUGUAGAAAAAUACGAACAGUCAACACGAGCAUUGGAUAACUCUAUGACGGUUGCCAACAAAAAGCUCGCUACCUGUGAGGGCGUGGUCGCAGUGCUCAACAAUCAGGUGGAAAAAACAGACGAAACUGUAACUUUGUUGUCAUUACAACAGAAGAAGUAUACUGAGAUGAUAGAGGCAUUAGAAAGAAAAGUGAAAGCACAAGAUAGAAUUAUCGCUUUAAAAGAUGUUGCUAUUGCUGAACAAGAUUUGAGAAUACAAAGUCUGGAAAUGGCGUCCUAUGAUGGUGUGUUGGUUUGGAAGAUAACAGACUUCGCCCGUAAACGACAAGACGCCAUCAGUGGAAGAACCACCUCUAUCUACUCACCUUGUUUUUAUAGUAGUCGCCAUGGAUACAAGAUGUGUGCUCGGAUAUAUAUCAAUGGUGAUGGAAUGGGGAAGGGUAACCACGUAUCUUUGUUCUUUGUGAUCAUGAAGGGAGAGUCUGACGCCCUCUUGCGAUGGCCAUUCCGUCAGAAGGUCACGAUGAUGUGGUUAGAUCAGAACAACAGAAAUCACGUGAUCGAUGCAUUUCGACCUGACCCUACUUCAAGUUCAUUUCAACGUCCCAAACACGACAUGAACAUUGCCAGUGGAUGUCCUCUAUUUAUGCCUCUAUCAGAUUUGGACAGUCCACUUCAUCAUUACGUCAAAGAUGACACAGCAUUUAUCAAAAUAUUUAUCGGUGGAUCCUAA